CGACAGUCACAACCCUCUUACCAUUCAAAGUUUUUUUUUUUUUUUGGGGAAAAUAACUUUUCGUUUCUCGUAGUCGAGAUCUUUCCAGGCCGUAGAAUUUUGCAGAGAGGCCGUAGAAUUUUGCAGAGAGGCAAUGGAGGAGAGGCGGCGGCGUCGUAAGAGAAUGAAAAUAGGGGAUCCAUCUUCUGCUCCUCUUUACUCUUCUCUCGACCCAUCCUUCUUCGACCUGAAGGUGUUUCCUUUGAUGCUCGCCGCCGCUUCUGCAGCCGAUGCCCAAAAUCCCAGCUUUCGGUCACUCCUUAAACACUUCCUUUCCGCUCAUCUAGCCCUCAUAACCCCUACUACUCGCUCUCCACUGCCCCUCUCUAUUCUCCUCCCUCCCGGCCUCCUCUCUCUUCUUCCCCUCCUCCUCACUUCUAGUUGCCCAGCUUUAGCUGUUCUGAGUGCUCAGCUGGUUGGCGCAGCUUCGCUUUUCUCUCUUGAGGCAAAUUUAAUUAUAGUUUUAGAUAAAGACAUUGUUAAUGGACUGCUAAGGGCACUAGUGAGCAGAAGCCGGCGGGUUGUAGUUGCAGCUUGCAAUGCUGUGCUGGAUCUCUCAGUAUCUUCAAUUGGAAGGGAGGCACUUAGAAGAAAAUUUAAUGUAAUUGAGAAGCUUUUAUCUUUAUUGUGUCAGGUGAAUGACUCUCCAAUAGAUUUUCUUUCCCUUCUUCAUGAUGAAAAAUGUGAUUCUCCUCUACCAUUGGUCCUUGAUGCUGCAUUGAUUUUGAUCAAUACAUCUGAUGAAGGCUGCUUACAAUGUAUUCCAUAUGAACUUAUUGAAAAGGUUUUACCUUUGCUGAAAGAUUUAUGGGAAAAUUCGUGUAACUCAGAACUAACAAAUAACUUAAAUAUGGAGCAAGGCCGUUUGCAUAGCAAAAAGUAUGAUCUAGCCGCUUCUUUGUUUAGAUUGUCUAUGGACUAUGUUCUCCCUUUAACUUGGAAAACUGAUGAACUUGUAAGGGGUAUCUUUGGUGAUGAACAAUUUGCUUUUGAGAACUUCAUACUCAACUACUGGGAGGUCUCCCCACUGCAUAUCAAUGGGACAUGGAAUAGUUUGAAGGGUGAUCAUUCUAUCUUCAACUCGUUGAGUAAUUGUUUUGGUUACAUGAAAGAUAAAAAUUUUCUUGCCUCUUUAUUAGGAAUGUUAGUUUCAUGCCCUCCUAUUGCGUCAGAUGAGUUGGACAUCUUCUCUUUUCUCAAGGAAGCAAAUAAUUUGUUAGGUUCUCAGAUCAUUUAUGGUCAAGAUAUUCGUAUCCUAAAAACAUCAAAGAUUACUUCAGAAGCCAUGCACGAAAUUGUUGGCAAAGAGGCUCACUUUUUUAAGGAUAAGUUAACAGAUGAAUUAAGUGUUCAGACAUUUAAGGAAGCAUUGCAAGAUGGUUAUACAAUUGCUUUGCGUGGAAUGGAAUUCAGGAAUACUGAAGUUGCUGCAAUUACUGAAGGGCUAUCAAAUUUAUUUGGUCAGCCAUCAGUUGGGGCUAACAUAUACCUCACACCUCCUAAAUCUCAAGGUCUGGCUAAGCACUAUGAUGAUCACUGCGUGUUUGUUUGGCAAAUAUUUGGACAGAAGCAAUGGAGAAUUUUCCCACGCUCUGAGGCCUUUAUCCCGAGGCUUUAUGAACCUCUUGGUUCUCUGCAAAGUAUGAGUCAAGAUGAAGUUAGAUACAUGGAUGUUCUAAUUAAAGAAGGGGAUGUUUUGUAUAUUCCAAGAGGAUAUCCCCAUGAGGCUCAUACAAUCAUCAAUAUGGAUGAGUCUCAUGAGGACUACGCUAGUGGAUAUUCCAUGCAUUUGACGAUUGGAAUUGAAGUUGAGCCACCAUUUGACUGGGAAGGUUUUACUCAUAUAGCUAUUCAUUGUUGGAACCAGAAACAGAAACAUAGUUCUAUUUAUCCCAUUGAUUCCGAGAUGUUCAAACAGAGGUCUGUACUUGUAAAUAUGUUGCAUGUUGUAGUCAGGCAGAUGGCUGAUAAAAAUACAGAAUUCAGAAAGGCUUGUCUGAUCACCUCCCCUCCUUUCUCAUCCAAUAUCAAAUUGAAGCAGGAAACUACUUUUGAUCACAUAAUCGAAGCAAUUAACAAAAGCUCCAGCUUUUCAGAGACGUUUGAUCUUAUUGUAACUGCAGUUCAAGAGAAUAAUGAAGAUUAUUUGCAGUGGAUGAGAUGGCUUAGACAUCUGCGUCAGGAAAGAUUUGAGAAAUUAGACUUUGAUAGACCAUUGGAGUUUUUCAAGGAAUUUGUGUUGCUGAAUUAUAGGCCUUUCAAGGAAGUGAUGGCUGAGUUUUCUCAGGUUAAGUCUGACUUCUGUAGAUCUGUUGUAUUUGAAGAUGCAGCUGCUGAGCUGAAUGUGUUGCUCCAAAAAUACAGGAAAACUAGAGAACAAUACAUGAAGGGUAUGCUUUCACUACGUAGAACUACAUAGCUGGGAUUGUGAAUUUAUUUUAGAUAGGCAUUCUUCUGUUUGUUUGCUUUUUUAAUGUUAAAAUAUCAAGUAUAUAUUUAUGUUAUGUAGGUUUAUUGGUUUAAUAAUUGAAUGAUUAUGUGCUCUUGAAAAAUAUAGUAGAUCAAAUAGAUUUUUUUUCUUA